UGCUACCCUAUGCUGAUUUUCCAACCAUGUUUACCUCCAAUUAUUACUUUGGUCAAAGCCAUGGUACUCAACUCUCAACGGCUCUGACUGUAGUAGUGAAACGGAGUUACAAGUGAAUUUGAGUUACUGUCCAAAUAUGGAGAGUUAUGAGGUGUUCAUUCAAAGACACAUUUCCCAAUUUCGACAACACAACAUCAAAUGCCCUGUGCAACACGAGAAGGACCUGUGCAAAACUAACGAUAAGUGCGGAUCGGAAAUCACCUUCUAUGGAUGUGCAAUUCUUUCUCCAGUGCUGAGUUUGGAGCAAAGAGAAGAGAUGUGCAGAUACAGAGCUGUGGCAAAAUGCUUGAUGAGUGAGAAGACUGUGAAUAGCCACACUGUUCAUACCAGUGUUCAGAUUAAUCCAUCUCCAACAUUAAAGGAAUCUGUAUCGGGUCAAGAAGCCUGUCCAAAAGGAAACACUGGCAGAAUCAGCAGCAUCACUGCAAAUUUAGAGAAUAAAGAAGAGGUUAAGAAAUAUACAUGCUCUCCCGUCGUAUCAUCCACUGGACUUACUGAUGAUUGGGAAGUUGAGGAUCUCCGUUAUCCCUUUAUCAGGACUGCCUGUGAUGUUUCUCCAGUGGCUUCUCAUGAAGGUAGACCUACAGUGCGUGAAAGUUGUGAAGGCUUGGAAAUACAACAUCUGACUUUCAAUAGCCACAGUGAUGUCCACCAUCAGGUUUUAGGAUACAUGUCACAUGCUACACCGGUGAAUACUUCCAGUAACAAUGAUAGGAUUGAUAAAGAAAGAUUUGGUGGAGGCAAAAGCUUUAUGUGUAAUUUUGCUUUACAACAACAUGCUCACACAAUCAGUCAGGAACCUAGUAUCAUAAACUAUGUUCAAAUGGAUAGCGACACUUUGGAGGAAUGUGUGGUCACACCAUCACAAGUGGAUGGCUCACAACAAGCUUACACUGACCAAACUAGUUGUCUGUCUAUAGUAUGUCCAUCAGAGGGUCCAUGGAAGCAACAGACACCUAUGCAAGACAGAAGCACCGAGUUACCUGUGGGCUCUCCAGCAGUUGACGAUAGUCUUUCUGAUAAAGAGAAUGAAGAGGUCUCAAAGGAAGAUUUUGUGGGAAGGGGGGAACACAAGCGAACCAAUAGGAAGAGGCAAGAACAAGGUAGCGUCCCAACCCCCGAGCCAGAAAAAGGACAAUUUGAUGGCAUACUGCAAAUAAUUCCAUCUGAAAAUGUGUUUGGAAAUCAAAAAGACUUCACUCCAGCUUUCACAUCAUGUUCCCCCAGAAAAUCCUCCUGUUUUUUUAGGAAAAAGUCUUCAAGCAGAGGAACGCAGAAGCUUAGCUUCACAACAGAGACAUUUAAAAACGUUCCUAUGCCCCAGCUCUGCUUGAGUCCUGUUCAUUUUAAGAAAAGUGAUGGAGUUAUUAAUCCUUCAAGAAAGCAAGAGAUAAGUAACUCUUCACUCAUGGCAAGCAAGAGUCUAUCAAGUUGGAAUGACCCUGCCUGUCAGGGUAGUGGCAACAAGUCUGUGGUCACAAGAGACAUAACUCUUGGUAGAAGCGUCAAUCAGACACAACAGAUUGCUCAAUUGGAACUUAAUCUGUCUAGUCUUAAAAACUUGAUCUCAGACCUGGAAUCUUCUUUAUCAGAAACCCAGACAGACUUUGAAGAGUCCACAGAGGUAUUUUCGGAGUAUUCAUGCCACGAUCAUAGUUCUCCUGAUGUAAUUAAGAAAAGCAGAGUCAAUAGAAAUGCUUACCACACGACUCACAGUUUCCUCAAACAACCAGUUAUCACUUCGUCAGGAUAUGAGGCAAUGCCAGGAGGUGACCAUGAGCUGAUACAGUUACAUCAGGCAAUCCCUCAAGAUGCUUUUCAAGUUGCCGCAGGAGAAUGCCAGAAGCCACUACUGGAUGAUGUCAGCAGCAAGCCAGAGCAGGAGAGGAAUAUGCUGAAGAUGACGGGGCAAAAAUUGGACGUGUCAAUGAACCAGUCGUAUGAUGUAGAGUCACCAUCCAGGCUGUUGCUGCAGGCUCAGAUAAGUGGAGGAAAGCAAUUCACUCAGUGUCCUGACAGUGAUGGUGUGUUUUUUCAUACCAAACGAAGGCUCAUCAUGAAGGCUGUGGACAGUAACUGUUCAGCAUCAGCUGAUCAAAGAUCUGGCAUUACAGAAACGUCCCCACCCAGCACUAUCAAACCCUAAACUUUGGUACUUUUCUGGCCAAUAACCUACCUGGUCAACUUGAAGUUGCAGUUGCCAACAUGCCAAGUAUAGUUACCCCCUCCAUUUUUUUAUUUUAUUAUUUAAGUUAACCAGAGUGUCUGUGAGCUUUCAGUUGUCAGCUGUUUUAUUGGCGGCUUACAAGCAAGGAUGGCAAUCAUUGUGAGUGAUGUGUUUUUGUUAAAAAUAUUGAUUUCUUUAUGAGAUUUUCCUUUUUUUCAAAAUAAAUCUGGUUCCCUUCAA